GGCGCCUCGGGGCGGGCGGGGCGGAGCGCUGGCUCCACGUUCCGCCUCCUGCUGCCGCUGCCGGCGGCGCGGGGAGCGGCCGGGACCCCGGUUCUGGCCACGGUCCCGCCGGAGCGGAGCCGUGAGGGGUGGGGUGAGGUGAGGCGAGGCGGGGCCGCCAUGAGCCGCAGCGAGGGGUCGGGCGGCGGCCGCCGCCGCGUCCUGCAGGUGAAGUUCGUGCCCGACGAGGAGGUCCUGAAGCACAUCGCCGACGACACAGGUAUCAAAGUACGGAAGGACAAGCCUCAGCCGAGUAUCAGUUUGAAGAGAUUUGUGAAGAAACUUGAGAAUAUUUCAGAUGAUGAACCUCAGGAGAUCCUAGAAGAGAAGAACUAUGUUGCUACUCUUGGAAUAUGUACCCAAGAUCCAAUGGGAAAUGGCACAAGUGUAAGUGGUGGUGAAGUUUACUCAUUUCAGGCUCCCAAACGCUCUAGUAAAAUGGCAGAGCUGGCCUCUGAAUUAGCCCACACACCAGAACAGAGUGUGGCACCUGAUCACUCCAAGGGCCCUGGGAAGACAGCAAAGACGCCUCAAAGUAGCAAACAUUCAAGUUCAAACAAAGAGCAGCUGAGGAGUAAAAAGAAAGAAUUUGUGUCAACCACACCUUACAGGCUCAGAAAGAGGCUAGCAGCUCCAGAUUCCUGUUUAGAAAGUGAGAGUGAAUAUUCUGCUUCCUGCUCAGAGGAGGAGGAUGAAGAAGAUCAGCAAGAAGUCAGCACUGUUUUAUCAGGUCAAAAGACCCCAGCAAAAACUAAGGCUGCACCUACACCUCCUCCCAGAAACAGCCUAGCCAAAAAAAAUAAGGAGGAAAAGAUGAGCAACCUGAUGGAGGAAUACUUUGAAGCUCACAGUAGUUCCAAAGUGCUCACUUCAGACCGAACGCUGCAGAAGUUGCGGAAAAGAAGGUUGAAUCAGGAAACACUGCGUGAUCUUCUGACAAAAGCUCCCCUUGCCUAUGCUGCUGAAAUUAAAGAACUUAACCAGCAACAUGAAUCCUUGUUUUCCAAGUGGAUGCUGCAAUUACACUUGGGUUUCAAUAUCGUGCUGUAUGGACUGGGCUCAAAGCGUGAUUUGUUGGAGAAGUUUCGUACGUCUCUGCUCCAGGAUUCUGUUCACCUUGUGGUUAAUGGAUACUUCCCCAGCAUCACUGUGAGAUCUAUUCUCAACUCCAUCACAGAGGAGGUAUUGGAUCAUAUAGGAACCUUCCGCAGCCCCCUUGACCAACUUGAAUUCAUUACUAAAAGGUUUAAAGAAGAUCCAUCUUUAGAGCUCUAUGUCCUCAUUCAUAACCUGGACAGCCAGAUGUUGAGAGGAGAAAGAAGUCAGCAGAUCCUUGCACAGCUGUCAUCUCUGCCCAGCAUUUACCUCAUUGCCUCUAUUGAUCACAUCAAUGCUCCUCUCAUGUGGGAUCAGGCAAAGCUGAGUCUCUAUAACUGGCUUUGGUAUGAAACAACCACAUUUAGUCCUUACGUGGAAGAAACAUCUUAUGAGAAUUCGCUUUUAGUACAACAGUCUGGAUCUUUGGCUUUGAGCUCCCUCACGCAUGUCCUGCGCAGUCUCACUCCCAAUGCCAGGGGGAUAUUCAGACUGCUUGCUCAGUACCAGCUGGAGAAAAAGGACAACCCAUCUUAUCCAGGGCUGUCUUUCCAAGACUUUUACCAGCAGUGUCGGGAGGCUUUCCUUGUGAACAGUGACCUGACACUCAGGGCACAGCUGACAGAAUUCAGGGACCACAAGCUCAUCCGGACCAAGCGGGGAGCUGAUGGUGUGGAAUACUUAUUAAUUCCUGUGGAUGACAGUACCUUGACCGACUUCUUAGAGAAUCAGGAUGAAGAUGCGUAAUGUCUCUGUGUUCUCAAAAGCAUCUAUGGCAAAUGCUCUCAAGGGCUGCUGGAGAGGGGCCUGUACUCAGAUCUCUCUUCUUCCAACCCCACGGCUGCUGGACUGAAAAGUGUUAAUUCUAAUGAGCCAUGCUCAUUGUUCAGGUGGUUUGGAAUGAUGACUUCUGUAAGCACAGCAUCUCUUGUGCUGUAGUUGGAUUUGUCUGCUUUGUCUCUUAGCUCAGAUAAUGCCACCUUCAUAUCUGUGCAGCCACUCUUACAGCCAGAAAAGCAAACUCAGUAAGACUGUGCCUUCUGCUCUCUACCUCACCAGACAUGAGGGUUUGAUUGGAGCAAUGUACUUGGGAAGCGCAAGUCACAAGAUGGUCACGGCUUUAGUUUGUACUUGUGGUGCAACUUUUCUCAACUGAGUGCUUUCCAGUACUCCUUUACCAUUUAGACAAAGCUAGCUUCCAGUGUAUGAAGAAGCCAAGAUUUAAAAUGCUAGGAGACCUACCUUGAUUGCAUGAAGAAAGGAGAAUACUAGUGGGUUUGGGAUGCUGUGGGUAACUUACUAAAUUCUGGCAAUAGAACUGAAGGACUUGCCCCAGACCUACAUCCUUUUAUAAGAAGAUUUAGAUGAUCUAAAUUGUGAUAGACUCAAGUCAUUACCUGCUAUUUUCCAAGGUGCAAUCCAGAAAUAUGAAAAGGCUGUGAAGCUUUUUUGUUUAUUUUUUUAAAGCUUGAUUGUAUAUUUGUAUUUUUUACAUCAGGAGUGUCCGUUGAUCCUGAAGGAGGCCUUAAAUGCCACUUAUAAGCUCUCCCUUUUUUUAAGCCCUUAGGAGGUUGGGAGACCACUGAAGUUGGACAUCUUCACUUUUUUUUUCUCAGUUAUGUGAGAGGAAGCUCUAUACUUCCAUCAACUGUAUUCUGCCAGCCAGACACUUCAGGGAUUCUGUAUGUUUAACAUUUGGUAGUCCUGUUACAGCUCAGUGUUGUAAUAGUUUAGACUAUCAAAUAAAGUACCUUAUUAAUUUUCAUUA